CUUUUCACCAACAUCCGUAUCUCUAUAUCUAAACGUUUAGAAAGAAAUCACUGACAAAAUACUCGUUUGCGCCGUCAAAGCCCUGCGCUCGGCCACCCCCUCGGACCUGAUAAUAAUGGACAGCAACUACACCCAGCGCAUCCAGGACCGGAGGCAGGUCAUCGAAGACCACGCGGACCACGUGCUGGGCUGCAUCCCGGGCCCUUCAGGCCCCCACGAUGAGCAGCACCAUGCCCUGUACAACGGCAGCGUGGGCGGCGUGGAGUCUGUCCGGGAGCUGUAUGCGUAUCUGCUCGGCAACUACCUGCCGCAGCGAUAUCCCACGCUUUUUGCCGUCGAGGAGGAAGAGGAGGGGGCGGAAGUGGUGGGAGAAAGCUGUUCAACGAAUGCUGGCGGCCCCCUUGAGGUUGGGCACGAGGAGGGUGCUGCUGUAGACAGGACUGCGCGGGAGGAAGACGUGAGCACCAGCAGCAGCGGACGCCAGACGAAGAUAAUGACAACAACGAGAAUCUUCCACAACAAGAUCACAGGCGCCAGGUUCCCCGCGGAACUCCCACCCCUCGCACCAACCGACACCAAGGCCGCGAUCGAGGCACUCAAGAUCCUCGGGGAGACCGUCGAGGACGACCUGCUGCUUCUCCAGCAGGACCCUUCUUCUUCUUCUUCUCCUUCUCCUUCUCCUUUACCGCCCGCGGGCAGCGGCAGCAGCGGCACUAGAGACAAUGCAGGCGGAGAGAGUGCCCCGGGGGCCGGCCUGCACAGACUCGUCGCCACAAUAACUUGCAACCCGUCCGGCUUCGACCCGGCCGAGAAGAUGGGCAAGGUGCUGCGCGAGAUCCACGCGCCCGUGCCGUCAUACAGCAAGAUCGAGCGCAGCAUGGAGCGCUUCUUCUCGAGGCUGGAGGUCGGCAAGAGUUCUUGUCGGGUUAAUUGGAGCAUCACGACGAAUCCUGUCCUGUUCAACCUCGCGAGCAACCACAUCAAGGAGGGCCAGCAGGUCGACGAGGACGAGGAAAUUGACGUGACCAAGGCAUUUCUCCGCUGCGAACUGCAAACCACGACCCGCCUGCCGCGUACCCGGGCCGUCCUCUUCUCCUUCAAGACCUUCAUGUACCCGUUACCCGAGCUGCGCGACGAGGGGAUCGGCCCGGAGCUCGCGGACGCCAUCGAGGGCCUGCGCGCAGGCAACGCCCCCGGGAUGUGGGUGUACAAAGGUGCCGUGCGGUGGGCGGAGCCAGUCUGCGAAUAUCUGAGAUCGUAGGCUAUUGUUGGGGAUUUCUCUCGUGGUGGAUAGAGUACCCACAUGGAGUAUCUCAUCACGCCAAGGACGACUGCUUUAUAAAGGAGGUGGAGGCCUGCAGAAGAAGACUCAGGCUAUGUAUGUUGGUAUUCGGACAACGAUAUACUGUAGUGAGAUGCAUGUCUUUGAAAGAUCACGGCAUGAUGCGCUAAGGGUUUGAUCAUGGAAUCUUACGGAUUAGUAGUUAAGGUGUGAUAUUCAAUUUUCACCGUGAA